AUGGAAAUGCUCAGAAGUGUUCAAGCUGUGGUUGGGCAGAAUGGAAAUCAGCUCGGUCACCACUCCAAGCUAUCUGAUUUUCAAAGGACUAAGCCUCCCAGUUUCAGUCAGGCCGUUGAACCCUUGGAUGCAGAUGAUUGGUUGAGAACUAUGGAAAGGAAGCUUGAGGUUGCUCGAACUGAUGAAGGGGAUAAGCUACCAUUUGUAACACAUUAUCUUGAAGGCGCUGCUGCCAUAUGGUGGGAAAAUGAAAAAGCCAUAGGGACUGCUGAUGAUGAAAUUACCUGGUCAAUAUUCAAGGAACGAUUCCGGAGAUAUCACAUCCCACCGGGAAUUAUGAAGGUUAAGCAACGUGAAUUUCUCGCGCUCCUCCAAGGAAGUCAGUCUGUGGGAGAAUAUUUAUUGAAAUUCAAUCAUCUGUCACGUUACUCUCCAUAUGACGUGGCCACUGUAGAAAGAAAGAUUGACAGGUUUCUUGGUGGAUUAAACCCGCAACUCCGUUGUACUCUCAGUAUGUUCGACUUCCCAGACUUCCAAACUCUGGUAGAGUACAAGCCCAACUGGCAACAAAAUGCUAACAAGACCACCACCCAAGUCAAGAAUGACCUGCUCAACCCAGUUCUAGACAAUCAUCUGCGCAGCAAUUCUUGUUUCAGUUGUGGGCAAACUGGACACUAUGCCAAACAGUGUCCCAAGAACAACCGGGCAGAUGCUACAUUCAAGCCACAAGUUCACUAUAUGGAGGCAUGUCCAAAUCAGCACGACAUCAAGGGCUACGUUCAUCACAUCUCCGUCGACGAAGCCCAAGAGAACCCUGAAGUCGUUAUUGAUAUGUUCCCCGUUAAUAACAUACCUGCA